AUGUGCAAUUUUGAGGUGGAUACGAGACGAUCUGCGGAACAUAAUUUCAAGCUGGGAAAGGAAUUGGUAGGUGGAUGGGUAACAGAGAGACAGUUCGGAAUUCUGCUUUGCCGAAAGCUGUCAGAAAUUCACGAGGAAGGAUGUCUUAAGAAUGAACUUAGAACAAACAUUACUGAAUCAGUUCAACAUGAAGAAGAUAAACCAACUCCAGUGAAGACUGACACCUCGACUGCAGUUGAUGAAAGUAUUUCACAAAUGAAAGGAUCUCAAGAAUCGAGACACUUGGAAGGACUACCAGGAUGCUGUGAGGGACGUGGUGAUCAAGUGGGAGACUGCUCUACUUGUGACGACUUAACCUGCUACAGGAAGUUAAGAACUCGUGACCUGAAGGACGAGAACCAAGCUGUCAGGUCCUCCGAAGACGAAUCUAAUUAUAAGAUACUUCUUGAUGUGUAUGAUUUCCUGGGAGGGGAGGUGACAGCGAAGGUAGUGGAAGGGAAGGAGCUGGUGGUGGAGGGACGAGCACAGAGACAGUCAGGAACUUCCCUCACUAUACUAAGCUUCCUCAGACGCUUCCCUCUCCCUGACCGCGCCGACCUGACGGCCAUCAUGGCUGUCAUGUCCUCAGACGGUGUCCUUCUCAUCAUUGUUCCAAAACUGAAGAAGUACUCGAAAGAUAAGGCACUCAACAAGGAAGCUUGUAUUGAACGACAUUCGAGAAUGGACGUUGACGUAGGGCGUGGUUUGAGGGAGAAGAACGUGAGAGAGUCCUCCAGGGAAUCUGAAGGCCGCAGUCUAGGGUCAUUCCUCUCAACUGGGCUGCGACACUCUCCUGAACUGUCAUCUUUCAGAAAGGAAAUGUCUACAGACAGUCAGCACUCACGGAUGGACAACUUCAGCGACACAGGACACUCUUGGGAUGAUAGGAAGAUGCAAGAUUCCUCCCGUGCCUCCAGCAGCGCCUCCAGCAGCACCUACCAACACUCCACAGACUUGUUCUAAAUAUUUGACUGCCAGUGAUAUGCCAACGUUUUAAAAUUAAUUAAUGACCUUUGUUUUAAAAAAUGUGAUGCAAUGAAGAUAAACUGUUCAUUUUGUUACAAUCAGUUGUUUUUUAAAUUAUUUAAAAAAAUAUAUAUAAAAAGAAUCCACAUGACAGUCUUCAUCAGGAGUUACAACUAGCAGUAAACAAACAGCUGCCAUUUUCGUCCUGACGGCUCCGUCCUGUGCCUUUCAAGACAGAUGACAUUCCAAAAAUCUUAAUUUUAUAAAUUUUCAUAUUAGAUUAAAAAAUAUUGUUGAUAUCUUCAUGUUAUGUUUGUGUAAUUUAUGCAGUUCUUUGCCAGAAGCGUUGUCUUAUAUACAAAACUUAUUUUUGUUAUUCAAAGAUGAGAAUUUUAUUUUCUUCGAUAUAUCCAAAUGAUUAUUGUAAAUUAGUAUUUUUUAAGGAUAAUAAAUCUAAUUAAAAGUUAA